GACACAUUACAGCUGAUUGUGUUGUCCCGGCUCUACCGCCAAACGUCUUUAUUUGUUGUGUUGUGUGUUUUGGUUUUCAUGAAGAAGAAUGGAACAACUUACAACAAAGAGGUUGAACGACCAGAUUAUUCAUAUGCGUAAAGAAGUAAAAAGAGCAAUUGUUCAUCAAAUUCAUCGAUUGACAACUGCAGCGAAAAGGUUAAGAAAUAAAAAAGGCACAGAAGAACAGAAACAAAAAAAUGCCAUAAAAGCAGACAAUAUGGUUGUAGAAAUAACCAUAUUAAAGAAAAUGAAACCAGACGAUGUGUCUGUUUUUGGAUUGACAAAUUUUGAAGAAGUUGAAGUAAAAAAUUUCUUAAGCAGACGAGUCGUUGCUCCAGAAACUAGGGCUAUGGCAAAACUCUGUCUCCGUAAAAACUUGAGAAGCGUAAUCGAUCAAUUUAUUAAAGAAAUCGGGUCGGUGCACAGUCGUUUAAUGGAUCUUCUCGAUGAAAGGCAACAACAUAAAGAGAAAAAAGAAAAGAAAAAAUUGAAGAAACAGGAAAACAAUGAAGAAAUAAAUCAUGAAUAUGAUAAUACAUCAGACUCUACAUUGGAUUCAUCAGAUGAAUCUAUACCUAUGUUAUUACCAGCAAAAAGCGAUUCUGAUCAUGUCUCCGAAAAUGAAACACUCAAUUUAUUAAUAAAUAAUAAAAAUGAUGUCAUCGAUAAAAUCAUUGGUAUUGACGAUAAUUUAGAUCUUCCUCUGAAAGUCAAAACAAAACCUGUUCGGGAAGAGAGAAAUAUUAAAAAUUCUUCUGAUUCUGAAAGCGAUAGUGAUUUCGUUCAACAUGUUGACAAAAUAAUUAAUAGCGAUGAUAAUCAAAACGUACAGGACAAACGUAAAGAAGUUAGCAAGAUAGAAAGUAAGCCAUUGGAAAGGAAGAAUGUUGAUCCUUUUUUUAUGACUAGGGAUAAUAGUGAAUACCGUACAUAUUGCGAUAUUGGAGCAAAUGCAAAAAAAGAAAAAGAUGAAAGUGACCAAAUCAAAAUCGACAAUGAUGAUAAGAACUCUAAAAAUAAUUAUAAAAAAGGUAAUUUCAGUAAGAAUAAUCAUUCAAAAGACAAUUCUUUUAACAAAAAUAAGAAUAAUCAAAGAUUUGAUAGUAGGAAGACAAUCACCUAUUUAGGAGGUAACGAUAAAAAGUCUUUUGAUAAGAAGGGAUUUCGAAGAGGUGAAAAACGUCCUCACAACGAAGAACCACCGUCAAAUGUGAAACUGCAUCCUUCGUGGGAGGCAAAGAAAAAGUUGGCUGUUUCGACAGUACCCUUUCAAGGAAAAAAAAUCACAUUUGAUGACUGAUUUUAGUUAAGGUUAUAAUUGUAUUUUCUUGGGAGAAUUAUCAUUUUCCCAUUCAUAUAUUCUUAUGAAAGUAUAAGACUCCAUUUUGGGUAUUAUAACUGGUUAUACUACCUAAGAUUUAUUUAAUAUUAUCAAUCAAUGUUCCUCUUAUGUUGAAUUAUUGGUGUCAUAUAUGUUUUGUUUUUUAUUGAAGAAUGGAUUAACUGUUGUUCAUAUGAAAUGUUUUUUUGUAUAUUUUAUUAUGUAUUUUACUUGUAAAUAUAGACAUUAUAUUUAUUUGUUUUAA